CCCCACGUGUUCUCCAGAAGUCACGUGGCUGUUGCUGCUUGUGGAAGGGCUCGCUUGCAAAAGGUUGAUCCGUUUUGCUCGUGUUUUGUGCCCGCAGAGCCAACAACCUGAAAUGCCGAAGGGAGGCAAGGAAAAAACUCCCAGCUCUGCACAGCUGCCCAUUAGCAAAUUGCGAAGGAAAUUAGUGGAGGCUAUCCAAGGCGACACAUUUGUGGUGGUGACCGGUGAGACGGGAAGCGGAAAAACCACACAACUUCCCAAAUAUUUAUUUGAAGAAGGGUAUGCCAGGCAUGGCACAAUUGCUGUGACACAGCCACGGCGCAUGGCUGCCAUCUCUGUGGCCGAAAGAGUGGCAGAGGAGCUAGGCUGCCCAGUGGGAGGCCUUGUGGGAUACCAGGUUCGCUUUGAGGAGUGCAUCUCAGAGGACACUGCGAUCAAGUAUUUGACAGAUGGGUGCUUGUUGAGGCAAAUCCUAGCAGACCCACAUCUGGCCCAAUACAGCGUCGUUAUUCUGGACGAAGCUCACGAACGGAGUCUCUGCACGGAUAUCCUCUUUGGCCUGUUGAAGCAGCUGUUCCACGGGGAAAAAGAAAUCCAAAGGAAGGAACCCUUGAAGGUCGUGGUGAUGUCUGCCACUUUGGACGUGGAGAAGUUCUCGGCCUUCUUUGGAAAUUGCUCCGUGGUGGAGAUUCCAGGAAGGAAAUACCUGGUGGAGGAGAUCUUCUGUGAUGCUCUGGGCCCCAGAGAUGUCAACAGCUCUGCCUUCAUCACAGAGACUGUCAGAGUGACCUUGGAUGUCCAUUUGAACGGCUCGGCGGGAGACAUCCUCGUUUUCCUGACAGGGCAAUCGGAGAUCGAAAGAGCUUGCGAGCUUCUCUUCCAGAAAGCCGAAAUGAUAGACUACCGCUUUGAAGUAAGAGAUCGCUCCGUGGAUGGCUUACUUAUCUUGCCGUUGUAUGGCUGCAUGCCAACAGAUCAGCAAAGACAGAUAUUCGUGCCGCCUCCGCCAGGGAUCAGGAAAUGUGUCGUGUCCACAAAUAUCGCAGCCACGUCUUUGACCAUCGAUGGGAUCAAGUAUGUGGUCGACAGUGGGUUUGUGAAGCAGCUAAACCACAACCCAAGAGUUGGCUUGGACGUGCUGGAGGUGGUGCCAAUUUCAAAGAGUGAGGCGGUGCAACGCGCAGGUCGAGCCGGCCGAACAGCAUCUGGGAAAUGCUUCCGGGUAUAUAACAAGGAAUUCUGGGAAGAGUGCAUGCCGGAGCACAUGGUUCCAGAGAUCAAACGGACCAGUUUGACAUCCGUGAUGCUGACUUUGAAGUGCCUGGCCAUCCACAAUGUCAUCAGUUUUCCAUAUUUGGACCAUCCAGACGAGAAGCACAUUCUAGUCGCCCUUAAGCAGCUCUAUCAAUGCGGAGCAAUUGACAGGCAAGGUCACGUGACCAAACUGGGUCAGCUCAUGGUUUGGCUUCCUCUGCCUCCUAACUUGUCCUGCGCCGUCCUCAAGGCUGCCUCUCUGGGCUGUGAUGACUUGCUGCUCCCCAUUGCGGCCAUGUUGUCUGUGGAGAAGGUCUUCAUUCAUCCAGGGGCCGCACAGAAGCAGAAGGAAGCUGAGCUACGGCACCAACAGCUCUCUCGACAAAUGGGAGGAAACAAUGACUUCACCACCCUCCUGAAUAUUUUUGAGCAAUGCAAAGCAAGCGAGUCUCCUUCGGUUUGGUGUCAGGAAAAUUGGGUCCACUGGAGAGCUGUGAAGCUGGCAUUCAGUGUAGAAAGGCAGCUCCGUGAAAUCGUCAACAGGCUGAAACAGCUGCCAGACUUCCUAAAGGAAGACUUUGACGGUUCCCGGAAUGAGAUCCUUAGGAGAUGUCUCUGCGCAGGUUAUUUUGCCAACGUGGCCCGGAGGUCUUCAGGGAAGUCUUUCCGCACCAUGGACGGCCACGGCAGCGUGGCCUAUAUUCAUCCAUCAUCUGCUCUCUAUGAUCAGGAAGACCAGCUGGACUGGAUCCUCUUCCACGAUGUUGUGGUGACCUCCAAGAUUUACUUAAGGACGGUGUGUCCAAUUCGCUACACCUGGGUGCAGGAUCUGCUUCCUCGGCUUCACCAGAUCGAUGCUUAUGAGCUCAGCAGCAUGGCCCGGCAGAACGUGACAGAGGAGGAAAUGGCUAAUUGGAGGAGGAAGGAAGACCUCAAAAGACAGAACGAAAAGGCACCAGGUGAGCCUGCCAGGAAGAUGGAGAAGCGGAACGACGAAGAGUCGAUCAGAGAUGCUCGCGCUCGGUACCUGGAGAGGAAGCAGCAAAGAAUGGAAGGAUCCAGCAAUUCUGCUAAGGACUCCAGCUAGGACUGUCAACAUGGCAGCCACUGCUAUCAACCUGGUUCCUAUUGGGAUCAUUGGCAUUUUGGACAAGAGUGUACAUGGUUGGUCCUAACUGGGAGGACAAGUCGAAGAUCCAGGACCUUCUGGUCUUGAACUUCAACUUUUGAUUCUUCAAAAGUUUGAAGAUUCACUUUAUCCCUUUAGGAGAAUAAAUACGAUCUGGUAUAUAAUGACUAUCAGUUGUUAUUGGGCACACUGAGAAUAUAUCUGCUAAACAAAACUCCACCCUGGCAACAGGGAGGGCGUCUGGCCAUUAAAACACUCUGCUUGCUCCAUUCUUCAUCCCGCAAGGGAUGAUGGGGUUGUUAAAAUGAAGAUGAUAUGAUGAUAAUCAGCGAGAAUGAGGCAGCGUUGAGGGAUGUAGGUGUUAGUCGGAGCUUGUGAGAAUUUCUGCUUCCUUACUGAGGCCAUCGUCCCUUGUGGGAUCUAUUUUAGGGAUCGGUAUUACAUUUUAUACUCUAGGUUGGUUGCUAAGAGUUGUUUGGACUGCAUUGGUGCCAAACUCCAGGGUAUCAAUAAAGGAGAGGAUUUGUAGCUCGCGGUUGAAAGGAGGGACCCGUGGUGCUCUCUGAGCUUGGUUGUUUUCUUGCAGACGUUUCAUUACCCAACUAGGUAACAUCAUCAGUGCUAGUAAGGAGUGCUGUUUGCUGUCAGUUUAUAUUCUGGCGCCUGUUUGUGUGGGUGGGGGCGGUCUUCAAGAUUCUUGGGUUGGCCUGUUGUUUGUUUGUUUGUUUGUUUGUUUGUUUGUUUUAUUAGUUUUGUAUCCCGAAGGACUCCGGGCGGCU